UGUGUGAAGUACACGGCAGUUCAUUUCGAUUCCAGCAACAAACACCAACCCAAGAAAAGCAUCCAUAUAUUCCUCUUGUACAACCAGAAAUUUCUUUGAAUAUUUGAUGGACAUGGAAAAUAACAAGAGAUCAGAGAUUAUAAGGAACAAUGAUGAUGACGAUGAGAUGAAGAUGGAGAAGUUUUACUCCUUGUUAAGAAGCUUUCGUGAUGCACGGGAUCGUCGCAGAAGGGAAUUGCAAGAUCUUGAGAACAACCAGCUCAGCAACAAAAAGAUCAAGGUAGAAACUGCUGCUGCUUCUUUUGAAUGGCAGGAUUUCACUACCGAGAUUCACUUCAGAAAGCCACCUUCAAUUUUCCCCAAUCCAGUUCCAAGGGACACAAACAAAGUCAAAGACAACAACAAAGGUAAGAAGAAGGAACAACUUCACAAAGAUCUCGACCUCAAUCUGGCUCUGUAGCUGGCGCUCAUAGUUUUCUGUCAAUCUCAUGCUUACAUGUGAUAUUUAAUUUAUUUGGUGGCAAAGGCUUGUUGUGGUAUGUGGGUGAGAAAGAAUGCAGUUUUAAUUAUUUUCUGCUCUUAAUCCUGUAUUGGUUGAACCUACCCAAAGGACACCAUGGAAUCAUGGAUCGACCUUCAAUUAUUUGGUGGGUUUGGACUUUAGAUAUAUACUUUAACUCUCCAUGUUAUUUUCAUCUUAUUUCUUUUUCUAUUAUAUCAGUAAUACUAGUAUUUUUCAUUUCA